AUGCGAACAGUUGAGGUGACAACGACGUAUGAAGUCUCGCAGGAUUUCAAGGACGCCACAAUCUUCCAUCUCUAUAAGCGGAGAAGAAACCGCCAGCUCUGCGACGACUACCGAUACAUUUCCUUGCUGAACAUCGCGGGGAAAAUUUUCGCUUGCAUCCUUCUCAACCGCCUGAACAACCACCUGGAACAAGGUCUACUGCCGGAAAGUAAGUGCGGCUUCCGCCGUCAUCGUGCGACCACCGACAUGAUCUUCGCCGCCCGCCAACUGCAGAAAUGUCAGGAGAUUCGGACCCACCUGUACUCUACCUUCGUGGAUCUGACGAAAGCCUUCGACACGAUGAUUCGUGACGGACUUCGGAAAAUUAUGCAGAAAUUCGGCUGUCCUGAACGAUUCGCUCAGAUGGUGCUUCAGCUCCACGAUGUCAGGCUGGCGCGUGUCACGGACCAUGGAACUGGUUCAGAGGCAUUCCCAGUGACCAACAGAGUGAAGCAGGACUGCGCUCUCGUGCUUUCCCUCUUCCGUCUCAUGUUCUCCACCACGCUGAUGGACGCCUACCGUGACGAACGCCCCGGGACCCGCACCGCCUACAGGACGGAUGGCCGCCUCCUCAAUCAGCAGCGGUUGCACUUCCAUUCGCGUGUAUCCACAACCACCGUCCACAAACGUCUCUUCGCAGACGACUGCGCCCUCAGCACCACCUUGGAGUGGGACAUGCAAAGGAGCAUGGAUCUCUUCUCUGCCGCCUGUGAGAACUUCGGCCUGAUCAUCACCACGGAGAAGACGGUGGUCAUGCACCAACCGCUACCCAACACAGCCCCUCUCAAUAAUGCGCCGCAAACCAGCGUGAACGGAACCCAAACGCAAGUGGUGGGCAACUUCCCGUACCUGGGUAGUACCCUCUCCCGAAGCACGAAAAUCGAUAACGAAGUCGCCCGCAGGAUUUCGAACAGUCAAGCCUUCAAAGCACAGUCUGGAAUCGUCAUGGUCUCCAGCUCAGCACGAAGCUGA